AAUUGGAAGUACCUCAGCCUUUGGGCACAAUAGAGACGGCAUUGAUAAUCGCAUCUCCAAUAUGUCUGAUUUGUUUCAUAUUUAUGAUUGCAUUUUCCAUUUGGCAACGAAGACAAAUCAGACACCCCUUCCCUCACGACGUCGAGGGAAGUAUAACCAGUAGAGACCCCUUAAUACCUAUAUUAGGGGGACAGACACUCAAAGAUCUUUUAGAUCACACCACUUCCGGCUCCGGAUCAGGUUUACCACUUCUCGUACAAAGAAGUAUUGCUCGACAAAUACAGUUGAUUGAAAUCAUCGGAAAGGGAAGGUUUGGUGAAGUAUGGAAAGGCAAAUGGAGGGGAGAGGGAGUGGCCGUCAAGAUAUUCUCGUCUCGAGACGAGCGCUCGUGGUUUAGAGAAGUGGAGAUUUACCAGACAGUGAUGUUGAGGAAUGAGAAUAUUCUGGGAUUUAUUGCGGCCGACAAUAAAGACAACGGGACUUGGACUCAGUUGUGGCUAAUCACUGAUUACCACGAGAACGGGUCUCUGUUUGACUAUUUGAGUAAAAUGACUGUCGACACGGCAGGGAUGUGCAAAAUGGCCUCAUCGAUAGCCAAUGGUUUGGCGCACUUGCAUAUGGAGAUAUGCGGAACACAGGGAAAGCCAGCCAUCGCUCACAGAGACUUGAAGUCGAAAAAUAUUCUGGUCAAGUCUAACGGCACGUGUGCUAUCGCCGACUUGGGACUCGCCGUGCGUUUCGACUCGUCCACCAAUUCAGUGGACAUUCCUCCGAACCCCAGAGUCGGCACCAAACGAUAUUUGGCGCCCGAAGUGUUGGACGAAACGAUUAAUUUAAAUCAUUUCGAUUCCUUUAAAAGAGCUGACAUUUAUUCAUUCGGUUUAUGCAUUUGGGAGAUC